AGUAUAGUUGCUGUCUCCUCCGGAGAGGGGCAGAGGCUCGGAGGUGCACCACGUGGGGAUUGUCGCCGGAGCUGAAUCUCGGGCCGGCGUCCGCUUUGGGUCUAGGUUGGAAUUGGAACCGUGGAGAUGCGGAAGGAAAUCCCGACCCCCUUUGUACCCCUGGCGGCCCGCGAGUGGAACCUUCCCCCCAAUGCACCCGCCUGUAUGGAACGGCAGUUGGAGGCUGCGCGGUACCGGUCUGAUGGGGCGCUUCUGCUCGGGGCCUCCAGCCUGAGUGGUCGCUGCUGGGCCGGCUCCCUAUGGCUUUUCAAGGACCCUUGUGCCGCCCCCAACGAAGGCUUCUGCUCCGCCGGAGUCCAGACGGAGGCCGGAGUAGCUGACCUCACUUGGGUGGGCGACAGAGGUAUCCUAGUGGCUUCGGAUUCAGGUGCUGUUGAAUUGUGGGAGCUGGAUGAGAAUGAGACACUUAUUGUCAGCAAGUUCUGCAAGUAUGAGCAUGAUGACAUCGUGUCUACAGUCAGUGUCCUGAGCUCUGGAACACAAGCUGUCAGUGGUAGCAAAGACUUCUGCAUCAAGGUUUGGGAUCUUGCUCAGCAGAUGGUGCUGAAUUCAUAUCGAGCUCAUGCUGGGCAGGUCACCUGUGUUGCUGCCUCUCCCUACCAGGACUACAUGUUUCUCUCAUGUGGUGAGGACAGUAGAAUUUUACUCUGGGAUACACGCUGUCCCAAGCCAGCAUCACAGAUGGGCUGCAGUGCUUCUGGCUACCUUUCUACCUCACUGGCUUGGCAUCCUCAGCAAAGUGAAGUCUUUGUCUUUGGUGAUGAAAAUGGUACUGUCUCCCUUGUGGACACUAAGAAUGCAAGCUGUGCCCUCAGCUCAGCUGUACACUCCCAGUGUGUCACUGGGCUGGUGUUCUCCCCACACAGCGUUCCCUUCCUGGCUUCUCUCAGUGAAGACUGCUCACUUGCUGUGCUGGACUCCAGCCUUUCCGAGGUGUUUAGAAGCCGAGCCCACAGAGACUUUGUGAGAGAUGCCACUUGGUCCCCACUCAAUCACUCCCUUCUUACCACAGUGGGCUGGGACCAUCAGGUCAUCCACCAUAUGGUGGCCGCAGAACCUCUUCCAGCCCCAGGACCUGAGAGUGUUGCCGAGUAGACUGGAUUUAAGACAAAGCAAAUCUCCCAUGAGUAUUCACUCCUUGCUCCUACCUCCUCAGUCUGUGAGACAACACAGGAACUUUAUAUAGUAUGUUGAUAUACUAGGUCUGUGCACUUAGCAGGUAUUGUCUCUCAGCCUGAGGAAGGAUAUAUUCUGGGAUCCUGUAGUCAGAGGGAGGAAAAAUUUUCAUGAAAAUGGGUAUGUAUGUGUGUCUGAAUGUAUGAGUGUGUGCAUAGACCUAUAAUUUUUGGUGAUGGGGGGAAUAAAAAAAACCCAUCUCACAUCUUCCCCAAAUACCACUCCCUCCCCACCAAAAGUUGACAAAAGGGUUUUAUGCUUUCCAUAUAGCUGUCUGUGAGGAUUGGCUAUAUCUGGGAUGUAGGCAUCCCUGGAUUCUUGGAAGCACCUUUUAUGCUACUCAUAGAGAUAGGAGCAACUUUAUUUUUUUAUAGAGUGUAAUUAACCAUUAUCAUUUGAAAUACUUCCAUUCGUAAAAACGCAACUCAGCUCACUUUGAGGACGAAGCAGGACACAUUCAACACAGUUUUGCACAACUCCUUGCCAUUAAACUGAAUCAGAAACCCAUUUUCUGGCUGAGGAAAAGAUUUGACUGGUGCCUGUAUAAUGCCUUUUCCCUUCUCCCGACUCCGCAAUGGUGUUGUGUAUGUGAGAGAUGAGUGUUUUUCUGUCCUAGGUACCACAGAGGAAAGUUUGGAGAUGAUACAGAGCUUAAAGUCAUUUAGUUAAGUUAGAAAACUGACAUAGACUGUUACAGAGAAAUCUUUGCCACUUUCCCAACCCAGAAACAGCUUGGGGCCUGACCUCUCCUGCCUCUGGGCCCCUUUCUCUGGAUAUAGGAAGUGUGACUGCAGUAUUUGCAGACUGCUAAGGUUUUUAAAUCCAGCAUCAGGAAGAGAAUCAGAAAUACUGGUUGGUGAAAUAAAGAGUUUAGGUAUUGUU